UUUUUUUUUUCUAAUUUCAGACCCGAUGGAAGAGAACGAGGAGAGUGAAGAACUGAGUGAAGUGGAGGAGAAACCUCAUGUCAAACCUGAAGAAAAACCUUUGAGUCACUCAAAAACUAAAAAUAAAUUUUUAAAGAAAAGAAGACCUGAGAAAUCUUUCACCUGCACUCAGUGUGGAACGAGUUUCACAUACAAAAACGCUCUUGAGAUUCACAUGAGAAUCCACACGGGAGAAAAGCCACAUGCAUGUGAUCAAUGUGAAAAGAGUUUCCCAUACAAACAAAGUCUUAAGAUUCACAUGAGAGUUCAUACUGGAGAGAGACCGUAUGCAUGUGAUCAAUGUGGAAAGAGUUUCCCAUACAGACGAAGUCUUGUGUUUCACAUGAGAGUUCAUACUGGAGAGAAGCCGUUCACAUGUGAUCAGUGUGGAAAGAGUUUCAUACAUUCAUCAAACUUUAAACGACACAUGAAGAUCCACACUGGAGAAAAGCCGUUCACAUGUGAUCAAUGUGGCAAAACAUUUCUUAGGGCAUCAGAACUGAAGACACACCUGAUAGUUCAUACGAAGGAGAAGCCACAUUCAUGUUCUUUAUGUGGAAAGAAUUUUUCACAGCUGGAAAGUUUAAAAUCCCAUCAGAAAUUACAUAACGCUGUGAGAGAUCAUGUGUGCUUUACAUGUGGGAAGACUUUUGCUUCAGUGAAUGUUUUAAAACGGCACCAGAGGAUUCACACUGGAGAAAAACCUUACAAGUGUUCACAC